UUCAAUCCAUAAGACUCGCACUCUGGCCCGACCCACAGUCUAAACGCACCGCAUUAGGCACUCAAUCGCUCCUUUGCAUUUCGGGUCCGAAAAAGAAAAGGAGCUGGAGAAAUCUAGACGAAAGAGAAAGUGAGAGAGAGAGAGAGAGAGAGAGGUAUCAAAAUCAAAGAAAAAUGGGGGAGUCAUCUUCAUCAUCAUCAUCAUCAUCUUCACAAUCGUUCUUCAAGAAACACUAUGAGGGGGUCAAGGAAUUCUGGACCGAGCGUUUUUCGUUCUUGGAGAACUAUGGCAGGUUCGUCCAGCGUGAAAAGCCUCUCCCAUCUUGGUCCGACUCCGAUGUUGAAGAAUUCAUUGCUUCCGACCCUGUUAAUGGAUUCACUCUGAAAACUGCUAGGGAAGCAGUGAACUUUGGCCUUACAGGAAGUGUUAUUGGAGCAGUCUCUACUGCAGGUGUUGCCUGGAAAUAUUCAAGGAGCUUACAUGGUGCUGGGCUGUCCUUUCUAGCAGGAGGUGUGUUUGGUUGGACAUUUGGACAGGAAGUUGCAAACCACUGGCUGCAACUCUACAGGCUGGACACAAUGGCUGCACAAGUCAAGUUUAUGGAGUGGUGGGAAAAGAAGAGUGAGGGACAGUCUUAACUGAAACAUUACAUGAAGAGUGAAGUGCAACUUUGUUUCCAUCUUUUCAAUAAGUUCACCAGGGUUACAAAUGUAAUGGUUGAUUGAAAUACCUUGAAUAUGCUUGGAUUCUUUUGAAGUAAGGCAGUUCAUCUUUUCUCUUUAUGAAACAAAACUGAUUACAAAGUGACUUUCUUGCAA